CAAACUGUACGCGCCUCCUUUGUACAUCCAAACAAAAUCUCGAGCUUUCAUGAACACUCCACAAGAUUGCCUCUUUCUACUAUAACAAACACUUGCAACUCUUUUCUCUCUUUAUUAGUUCUUUACAAAAGAAAAUCAAAUUCCCUCUUUCCCUUUUGUUUCAAUUCCUUCAUUCCCACUCAAUUCCUCUCUCUCCUGCUCUCUCUCAAUUUCACCUGCCUGCAAUGGCUGCAACACCAACAAUGGCGUCGUUCAAUGGAGUAACCAUUUGUCCACCUCAUCAAAGUAACAGAAACACAUUGUUUGCUCAAUUUCUAACCUUACCUUCAAAACCCAGUUCUUUAAACUCACUUCAUUUAAAGAAAAAGCACAGAAAUCCUUCUCUUAAUUAUCACAGGGUUUCCACUAAUACUCCAAGAAGAUCUUUCAUUGUUCGAUGUGAUGCUUCUUCUAAUGGAAGGAUUACUCAACAAGAGUUCACAGAACUGGCAUGGCAAGGAAUUGUGUCUUCACCUGAUGUGGCUAAAGAGAAUAAGCAUCAGAUAGUAGAGACUGAGCAUUUAAUGAAAGCAUUAUUAGAGCAGAAAAAUGGGCUUGCUAGAAGGAUCUUUUCUAAAGUUGGAGUUGAUAAUACUCGGCUCUUAGAAGCUACUGAUAAGUUUAUACAGCGGCAACCUAAGGUUCUUGGUGAAUCUGCUGGUUCAAUGUUAGGACGUGAUUUGGAGGCUUUGAUCCAGCGAGCCAGGGAUUAUAAGAAAGAAUAUGGUGAUUCAUUUGUUUCUGUUGAGCACUUGGUUCUUGCUUUUGCUCAGGAUCAACGAUUUGGAAAGCAAUUGUUUAGGGAUUUUCAGAUAUCUCUGCAAACAGUGAAAUCUGCUGUUGAAUCAAUAAGGGGACGCCAAUCUGUUAUAGACCAAGAUCCAGAAGGAAAGUAUGAAGCACUGGAGAAAUAUGGUAAAGAUUUGACCGCCAUGGCGAAAGCAGGAAAGCUUGACCCUGUAAUUGGAAGGGAUGAUGAGAUACGCAGAUGUAUCCAGAUUCUCUCUAGGAGAACAAAGAACAACCCUGUGCUGAUUGGUGAACCAGGUGUUGGAAAAACUGCAAUUUCUGAAGGGCUUGCCCAGAGAAUUGUGCAAGGGGAUGUGCCUCAAGCUCUGAUGAACAGGAAGCUAAUAUCCCUGGAUAUGGGUGCAUUAAUUGCUGGAGCAAAAUAUCGAGGAGAAUUUGAAGAUAGACUCAAGGCUGUGCUUAAAGAAGUUACAGAGUCAGAUGGUCAGAUUAUCCUUUUCAUUGAUGAGAUUCACACAGUAGUUGGGGCAGGUGCUACAAAUGGUGCAAUGGAUGCGGGUAAUCUCUUGAAGCCUAUGCUUGGUCGAGGAGAGCUACGGUGCAUUGGUGCAACCACACUGGAUGAGUAUCGAAAAUAUAUUGAGAAGGAUCCAGCCUUGGAGCGUCGUUUCCAGCAAGUUUAUGUUGAUCAACCUUCAGUAGAAGACACAAUCUCUAUACUUCGGGGAUUGCGUGAAAGAUAUGAACUGCAUCAUGGAGUUCGUAUAUCUGACAGCGCACUUGUGGAAGCUGCAAUUCUAUCUGACCGUUACAUCAGUGGAAGGUUUUUGCCUGACAAAGCUAUUGAUCUAGUUGACGAAGCAGCUGCAAAACUGAAAAUGGAGAUCACUUCAAAACCUACUGCCCUUGAUGAGAUUGACCGUUCAGUACUAAAACUGGAGAUGGAGAAGUUAUCUCUUACAAAUGACACAGAUAGAGCUUCAAGAGACAGGUUGAGCCGUCUGGAUGCUGAGUUGUCUCUGUUAAAGAAGAAACAAGCUGAGCUGACAGAGCAAUGGGAGCAUGAGAAGACAGUCAUGACACGUAUUCAGUCCAUAAAGGAAGAGAUCGACAGGGUAAAUCUUGAGAUUCAGCAGGCUGAGCGUGAGUAUGAUCUCAAUCGUGCUGCUGAACUGAAGUAUGGUAGCUUGAACUCUUUGCAACGACAACUUGAAAUUGCUGAGAAAGAGUUGGAUGAGUAUAUGAGAUCUGGAAAGUCCAUGCUGAGAGAAGAAGUUACAGGAGAUGAUAUUGCUGAAGUCGUCAGCAAGUGGACUGGCAUCCCUCUUUCUAAGCUCAAGCAAUCAGAAAGAGAAAAGCUGCUACAUUUGGAGGAAGAGCUGCAUAAACGUGUGGUAGGCCAGGAUCCUGCAGUGAAAGCAGUUGCUGAGGCAAUCCAGAGGUCUCGUGCCGGUCUCUCGGAUCCUAGGCGUCCAAUUGCUAGCUUCAUGUUCAUGGGUCCCACUGGUGUUGGAAAAACAGAAUUAGCUAAAGCACUAGCCUCGUAUAUGUUCAACACAGAAGAAGCCCUUGUACGAAUUGACAUGAGCGAAUACAUGGAAAAGCAUGCAGUUUCACGGUUGAUUGGUGCACCACCUGGUUACGUAGGGUAUGAGGAAGGGGGACAGUUGACAGAGACAGUUCGCAGGAGGCCAUAUGCAGUUAUUCUCUUUGAUGAGAUAGAAAAGGCCCAUGCUGAUGUGUUUAAUGUCUUCCUCCAGAUAUUAGAUGAUGGGAGGGUGACUGAUUCGCAGGGUCGCACUGUUAGUUUCACCAACACCGUCAUCAUUAUGACUUCCAAUGUGGGUUCACAGUACAUACUGGACACAGAUGAUGACAUGCCAAAGGAGGUAGCUUAUGAAACUAUCAAGCAGAGGGUUAUGGAAGCUGCAAGAUCAGUCUUUCGACCGGAAUUCAUGAACAGGGUUGACGAAUACAUAGUCUUCCAGCCUCUGGAUAGAUCUCAGAUAAACAGUAUUGUCAAAUUACAGUUGGAAAGAGUGCAACAGAGGGUUGCAGAUCGGAAGAUGAAACUACGAGUGACUGAGGCAGCUGUGGAUCUUUUAGGGAGUCUUGGGUAUGACCCCAACUAUGGAGCUAGGCCAGUCAAGCGUGUAAUUCAGCAAUACGUUGAAAAUGAACUUGCCAAGGGUAUCUUAAGAGGAGAAUUCAAGGACGAGGACGCCGUGUUAAUAGACACAGAAGUUACAGCAUUUUCCAAUGGGCAGCUUCCCCAACAAAAGCUAGUCUUCAAACGAAUUGAAAGUGAUGCAGAUACUGCAGCUGCAGAUAAUCGUGCUCUUUCUCAAACUCUUUGAGACAUCUUUUUGAUUCUCCAAACUAUGAAAAUGUUUUAAGCAGGUUGUAUAAAUGAGAUUCUGGGCGUAUACUAAAUGAACUCGUCAUGUAAAACCUCUUAUAGAAAAUAUACACCCACAAGGUAUACAUUUCUGCAAUGUUCAAGCAGUUCAGUGGUUGCUUCGUUGCCCUGACAUUUUUGUAAAUCCUUUUCCAUCCGAGGGAGUUGCUGCUCUGGAAGCAGGACCACGGCUUUAUACUCUUGAUAAAUAAAGUAGGGACAGCGGAAGAAUGUGAUAUAUCUAAUCGACAAUGCAUUCUUUUGGGACUUCA